UAAGAAGACGUGGCAGUGACGUCACGGGUUGUGUUGGAACCCGGAUGUUCACGGCUAAUAGCGCAGCUACACACACACAAAAAAACAAAAAACAAAAACCAAAAGGGAAAGUAGCUGAAGUAGCUGGUUUGUCUGGUAUCUGAUGUGUAGCAGCACUCAUGAAUACCCGCCGGCGCCACACUCCUAGGAGCAACCAGGAAGGGGUUUACACUGGGCCUUCACAGACCCAGACCCAGCUGGUCCAGCCGCUGGAGACCCCUCUGUCUGUACCUCUUCCCCUCGCUCCUCCUGUCGACUCCAUCAGCAUGUCCUGCCGAGACCGCACCACUGAGUUUCAGUCUGUGUGCAAGUCGCUGCAGGGGAGACAGAAUGGAGCACAGGGCAUUAAACCAGUUCACAGCGCUAUCAGGCAGAGGAGUGACUUCACGCUCAUGGCAAAGAGAAUUGGCAGGGACCUUAGCAACACCUUUGCAAAGUUGGAAAAGCUCACAAUACUGGCCAAACGGAAAUCCCUCUUUGACGAUAAAGCAGCGGAGAUUGAUGAGUUGACGUAUAUUGUGAAACAGGAUAUUAACAGCCUGAAUAAACAGAUAGCCCAACUCCAGGAGCUUGUCCGAUCCAGAAAUGGCCAAAACAGCAGACAUCUUCAAACACAUUCCAAUACUAUUGUUGUAUCACUGCAGUCAAAAUUGGCUUCAAUGUCAAGUGACUUCAAGUCAGUUCUGGAAGUGAGAACAGAGAACCUGAAGCAACAGAGAAGCAGGCAAGAGCAGUUCUCUCAGUCGCCAGCCUCCACCUCUUCCUUCGAUAACUCCAGCUUUAGCAAUUCAGUGUUGAUGCAGGAUACUUCCAAGAAAGCAGAUAUCUCCAUAGACAUGGAUCUCCGUUCCAGCCAGCAGAUGCUUCUCCUCAAUGAGAAGGACUCUUUUAUUCAGGACCGAGCAAACACUAUGCAAAACAUAGAGACUACUAUUGUCGAGCUGGGAUCUAUUUUCCAGCAACUGGCCCACAUGGUGAAAGAGCAGGAAGAGACAGUUCACAGGAUUGACGCUAAUGUAGAAGACACUCAACUCAAUGUGGACUUCGCUCAUACGGAAAUCCUUAAGUACUUUCAGUCCGUCUCCAACAAUCGCUGGUUGCUCAUCAAAAUCUUCCUCAUCCUCAUCAUUUUCUUCUUCAUCUUUGUCGUCUUCUUGGCCUGAAAACUAUGCACGACGUGGCAAUUCAGGACUGAGUCGCUAAGAAGAAGCAUUUCUUGACAGGAGGGAACAAGUAGGGAGUUAAACUGUAAAAUAAAGCAAGGAUCCCUCAGCUUUGGUGUGGCUAGAGGUUGUACUGUAGAGUGUCCUUAAAUAAUGUGACUACAGAAUCUGCACCUUUGGAUCAUGAGCAGUGUUAUGUGAUACUCCUAAAGUAACUUGGUAAUACUGGCAGCAAGUUAUUUUUUGUGGCCAAAAGGAUUUGGUUUUAACUGUUGAGUAAUUUUUUACACAUAAACAUAGUCUCAUCCCACUUAGAUUAGAAGACAGGGUAGCUACACCAUUGCAGCUGUAAAUAUCUUAUUUCGUUAAUGCUUUUAAUGCUCAUUAGGCUUUGGGAAUAAUAUGAAUAGCGUGUAACUGGUGCUUACAUCUCAGGCAUUCUUGCACUGUGAUUCAGUAGCCAUGUUUAUGUUAUGAUACAGUGAUAUAGAUUUGGGCAAACCUCUUAAAUAGGGCACUGUGCCAGUUGUGCCUCAUUUAAAACUAGCCUAUUCAGGAGAUCACGAGUUCAGAUCCUGGUGGUGCCACAGCAAUUUGUGGCCAGGAGUCAAGAGAGCAAAGUUGGAUGGCCAAUCGUGGGCUUCUGUGAGCUCGUGUAUGCAGAUGCGGUAGAUACCUUCACGUGCCUCAGAGGAAGCUUGUGUUAGUUUUUAAUCUACAAAACAAAUGAAAAAAGUACAUAAGGGCAAUGUGUGCAUUUGGCCAAAAUUGGAAGAAAGAUUUAUUAGCAAUUCAAUUAUUUAGGAAAGACCCAGAUUUGCCAUAACAUUGGCUUCAGGAAUAGUCAGCAAAGAAGGUCUUAUUGCAGCACUAAAUCAAAUAAAACUGUACUGAGAAAAACGGUCUUAAUGGCAUAAAUGUAGAGAUAAACAGUAUGCUAAUUCCCAUUAGCAUGAAAGUUAUAGCAAUUACUGCAUUUUAUUGAAUACAUUAGUACCAUAGAUGAAGUGGCAGCAGUUUAUUUCAGAUAUCCAAUUCAUAUCAUAAAGUGCAAUUUUAGGGUUUAAAAUUUAAGGAUGCAAGUAGACACUAGCUCACUGUUCAUGCCGACAUUCCACUUCUUAAAACGUACAGCUAUGCUGUGGAUAAAAAUCCAGCAGGUAAAUGAGCUGGCCUGAGCAUAUAGUUAAUAUAACUUUAAUUUCUUGUUUCUUGCUCUGCCCUGUUAGUCUUCAUGUGAAAAUAUCCACUCUGUCUACAGCCACUUUCUUCCUUAACGGUUGCAGUUCAUCACUUUUUAAAGAGUGGUAACAACUUCUCAUGGCUUCUUUAUACUUCCGGUCAGUAAUUUUUGACAGAUUCAGAAUUACAGAAAUUUCUGUUUGUUCUAAAAUUACAGGGUUUCCCAAAAGUCUCUGUACACAGGGGACUCUGUACGCCAGCACCACGUCAGUUGUGCCUUCGUCAGUGGAUGUUCGUGGACGUCCACUUCUUGGUCAGUCCGUAACACUUCCAGUCUUUUUGGAUUUGUUAAUAAGUUUGGCAACAGUGUCAUGUGCCAUGUUUCCUUUUAUAGUCCAUCGCAACCUUGCGACAGCUUCCAGCCAUGAGAAUGAUUUCAAUAUGUUCUUCUUUUCUCAAAGGUAUUGUCAAAGACUGUCUGUAAAAAAAAAAAUGAUAAUAAUUUUGAAUAAUUUUGAAAGACAUUUUGCUAAAAAUUGUUAAUUUCCUCUAUGUAUAGAGACUUUUGGGACACCCUGUAAACCAUAUUACUUGUUUUACAUUUUAACAGUAAAUUUGAUGUAAUAUUGAUCAGUAUCUUAAAUUAUUGAAGUGAAAAUAAACUUACUAUUGUUCAUUGUGUUUUAUGUGGCUGUACAUGUGAAUACUAUAUAACUAAAACUGAACCUGUAAAGCUUUCAUAACAUUUCUACAGAUGUCAGAAUCUGUAAGUAAGAAGUGUUUAUGCACAUAUUGAUUCAUGCUUUUGUUUUUUGGUCAUCUACUAAAUUCAUGAUUUUUAUAAUGCAUUCAGAUUUUUGUUCAGCAUAAUCUUUACAGAAAUAAUGUUCUGUGGUUGCAGUUAGUCUAGAGUAAGGCAUUUCCAUCCCACGCCUUUUGAUCAGACCAAGAUGAAUCAGCAUCUGAUCUGUUUUGUAGGCAAUAAUGAUAAGGAGAAGGACCAGGGCUGGCUGUUUAUGUUGAUAUGCAUUUGAGCAGGUAAGAGGUGCUAGGAAUGAAACUAUUAUAGC